UUGGCGCCCCAGUCAACACUUCGUCCGCGUGCGAAAUGGUUCCAAUUUCGAACGCGCAAGCUGCGUCUCUUUCGUAGCGAAGGUGCCAGUUAGCCAUUCGUAACGCCAGGUUGAAAUAUCAAUUGCUAGUAAAAUGGUUCUCGAAAGUACAGUUGUUUGUGUGGACAACAGCGAAUAUAUGAGGAAUGGUGACUUUCUACCGUCGCGCUUGCACGCACAGCAAGAUGCAGUUAAAGUCGUCUGCCACUCAAAGAUGCGAUCCCACCCAGAAAAUAACAUUGCCCUGAUGACAAUGUCAAGUCCUGAAGUUUUGGCGUCCCUCACCACUGAUGUCGGACGCGUUCUGUACCGGCUUACACAAAUCCAGCUGAAAGGAGACGUAAAUUUCGUGGCCACUCUCCGCGUCGCUCACCUUAUGCUCAAGCAUCGUGAAAACAAGAGCCACAAAAUGCGUAUGGUAAUUUUUGUAGGCAGCCCCGUUGUCACCACCACAGGAGAGCUUGGUUUGCUUGCCAGACGCUUGAAGAGAGAGAAAGUCAAUGUUGACAUUGUGAACUUUGGGGAAUAUGCUGCAAACAUGGGAAAACUGUCAAAUUUCAUCAGCAUCCUCAAUGGAGAUGGUACUGGCAGAUCACACAUGGUGACUGUGCCAGCAGGCAAUAUCCUGAGCAAAGUCGUUGCAGGCACUCCAAUAGCCCAAGGUGACAGCAGGAGUGCAAUUAACUAUGACCUUGACUUUGAUGACGAUGACCCAGCUUUAGUUCUGGCGCUGCGUGUGUCCAUGGAGGAGCAACGUCAAUGGCAGGAUUACGAAGUCAGGCAGGAGAUGGCCAAUUCACCAAGGGAUGCUACUCUGGCAACUUCUGACACUGCAAGUGCAUUUAUGUCGGCCGAAGAACAGCAGCUUCUGGAGCGGGCCCUCUACAUGGGAACAGAGCCAGGUGCUUUCGGUGCAGUAGCCAGCUUGGCAGACCCCAGAACCAUGUCUGAGGAUGAGCAGGUUGCUUAUGCUGUGCUGAUGUCCCUCCAGCACCAGUCUUUGCCUGAGCUUGUCCCGCCAGUUCUGCCAGACAUGCUGCCUGCUGAAGUUGAUGAAGAUGCCAUGGAUACAGACGAGGCCAAGCAGGUUCCAGAACAGGAUGCAGUUGGUGAUGAUGAAUACGACGACAUAUUCCAGGACCCAGCCUUUAUCAUGUCCAUUCUUCAGAGCCUUCCUGGUGUAGACACUCAGAGCAGUGUUGUCCAAAGUGCUCUGGCAGAGAUCACCCACAGUAACCAGAUCAAGGAACCGGCUGAUAAGGAUAAGGAUGACAAAGACAAGCAUAAGUCAAGCGAGGGGAAAUAGCAGUGUGCUUUUAACUAGAUCUGUUUUUGGGGCCCAGUGUGCCUGGAAGCCUAAGCUUCUUUCUUAACUAGUGCCAUGAAGGACAGACCAGGGUCACUUGCUUUGUUAAUAAAGGCAACAGGGUGCCCAUA